CUAAAUUUGUGCAAAUGAGUUUAGUUUUUAAUUGAAGAAAAUUGAUUUUAAAUAUUGGUAAAUGAAUAUAAUAUAUACUAAUAGGCAAUAAUACUAACUAAUGAUAUUCACCAUCUCAUUUCUCCCUCACCAUGAUGAAACGUUUUAUUGACAUCGGUGCCAAUUUAACAGACCUCAUGUACCUUGGUAAAUACCACAGUUCCCAAAAACACGAAGCAGACCUCAAAGACGUUCUACAAAGAAGUUGGUCCGGUGGUCUUGAAAAAAUCAUAAUCACCGGAGGCAGUUUAGAAGAUGCCAAAAACAGUCUGGAACUCGCCAACACCGAUGACCGGUUAUACUGCACUGUUGGAUGCCAUCCUACUCGCUGCAAGGAGUUUGAAGAGAAUCCUGGUGAAUAUUUAAACAGUUUAGAAAAGCUGAUUCAGGAUAAUCCUAAAAAAGUGGUGGCAAUCGGUGAGAUGGGUUUGGAUUAUGACCGUUUAACAUUUUGUGAUAAAGAGACUCAAAAGAAGUACUUUGAGUUGCAACUUACAUUAUGUGAUAAAAUAAAACUACCUUUAUUCCUGCACUGUCGGGCAGCCUCUGAAGACUUUCUUGAGAUUCUUAAAAGAAACAUCAACCGUAUUCAUGGGGGCGUUGUGCAUUCCUUUGAUGGCACCAAGGAUGAUGUUGAGAGGAUUUUAGAGUUAGGUUUAUAUAUUGGAAUCAAUGGGUGCUCUUUAAAAACUUUGGACAAUCUAAAUGUGGUCAAAAGUAUUCCAUUGGAGUCUUUGUUGAUAGAAACUGAUGCUCCCUGGUGUGAAAUUAAACCGACACAUGCUAGUUUUGAGUAUGUUAAAACAAAAUUCCCGGCUGUUAAGAAAGAAAAGUGGCAAGCAGGGUGUAUGGUUAAAGGAAGAAAUGAACCGGUGACUAUUAUCCAGGUUUUGGAAGUGUUGGCUGGUGUGAAACAAGAGGAUGGUGAACAUGUUGCUCGAGUUAUUUAUGAUAAUACAAUGAAACUGUUUUUUCCUUGUUUAUAGAAUUAUUUGGAUAAAUAAACUAGUUGCAAGUAGCAUUUUGCCUUAAGGCAAGUUGCUUGAACUUCCUGAUAUGUGGACAUAAUUAAAUUAAACAAUAAGUAAGGAAAUUCAACUAUUUAGAUGAAAUAUUUAACUAUCAUUAAAAAUAACUAUUGACGUCUUUUAAACGUACACAGGGUUAAACCUUUCCACUCGGAUGCCACCGGGGAAAUUAUUUGUUGAUUUUUUAUAAAUCAACCGCUUAUCGUAGGUCUAUAAUCUAUGCCUAUAUUAUUUCAGUAUGUAUUUUUUUUCAACUGUGAUCAGUAGUACUAUUCAACUAAAAUAAAUAACUAAUAUGAUUUCCAAUUGUUGACUUUCACAAACAUACUUAAUUAUAAUAUCUAUAACUGUAUAAAUAUAAAAUUAAUUUAUUUUAUUUCGCCCCUUUCAAGUUCUAACAAUGUAUUUAUUUAAGUGUACACGUCAACUGUAAUCAGUAGUACACCUACAAAACACGAAACAUGGGCUUUGGAAUAGAUUCUGAUUAGAUUCUCUCAAGCU